GUUGGUAUCAGGGGGUAUAAGGGUAAUUUUACUUAUUUAAUUAGGGAUAAUUUUGUAAGUUUCAUCCCUUUCUUCCCCCGUUUUCCAUUCUUCCAUUACAGCAACCCACCUUUUCUUCCUUCAUGAAAUCCCUAUUACAGACCACCGCCACCACCUCCUAAGGUGGUUUAAAUUGCUUCUCGAAGAAGAUGAUUUUCCUAAGGGGUUGAUAUGGCCCUAAUUUACACUAUUUUUCUACUAGGGUAUCAUUUUGUUACCGCCGCGAAGCGGCGUUAGGGGCAUUCCGCCAUUGUUGUUGAAGAAGAAGACGAAGAGGAAGGCCGGUGGUCGUCGGAGAGGUGGCUGACUAGAUGUAGAUCUGGUUUUGGAGACCUGGUCGUGGCUCGUGGUGGGCUAGCUGUAGGUUUUUUUUUUCUUUUAAUUUGGGAAAUGACGGUACAAAAUAUUAUUAUAUUAUUUCAGAUGACAUAACAGGGGCCACAAGAGGGCCUGAUUUACAAGUUUUCGUCAAUCAGGCUGAUUGACUGGGGCUUGCUCAAAUAUCCGUAAACCGUAAUGAAUACUCCUUAACUAAUAGGCCCGUUUAGCCAACAAAUUUGAGAAAUGAAUCAAAUGAUCAAUUCUCCCAAUUUCAAUUUUUGCAGUACACCGUGUUAGGUGUUUACGAAGAAGGAUGGCUGGUUGGAUCUCUUCCAAGCUCAAGGUUGCCGAAAAUCUCCUUCAACAGAUUGACCAGCAAGCUGCUGAAUCACUUCGUAAAGAGGAGAGUAAGCAAUCUGAUGGUUUAGAUGCAAUUAUCUCACAAAAAUCUAGUGGUAUUGUUCCUUUGCGAGAUCAAUUGAAGAAGAAAACAUCUGAUGAUAAUGAAAAUUUGGAAAAAUUAUACAAUGAUUCUAAUCAUGGUGAAAUUAAAUCAAGUAGUGAUGAAAUUAAUAAGGUUAGCAAGCUGAAUUUGAAGAAGGAUGUUGUGAAAAAACCCAACUCUUCUUCUCUUAAUGAUAGUGAUUGGACUGAACUUCUUAAUGCCCCGAAACAACCCGUUGUUACUAAGGCGAAUCACUCUAGUGGGGCACGGAAAGAUGGGGGAAAGGCUGGAAUUAUGGGAUUGAAGGGUAAGGGUAAUGGUAAAGUGGUGAAGAAAACAGUGAGGAAAGAAGGUGAUGGGAAUGGUGAGAAAGGAAGUGGUGUUCUUGGAGGAGGAGGCGGUUUGAGCCUGGGAUCUAAUAGGAAGAUUGUUGAGGGAUCAGAACCGAGCUUGAGAUUAAUAAAGGUGGAAGGCUAUGAUGAAGUAGAGCGUGAAAGAAAUAUGACUGGGGAUGGGAAUGGGAAUGGGGAAAGGGGUGGGUCAUUAGGCUAUGACAAGUCCAUGGUUAAGGUUGAUUCCCCGAUUAUUGGGAAUAGCGAGAAUGUGUCUGUUCUGAUAUCUGAUGAAGGGAAAAGAGCUGUUUGUGAUGAUGAAAAAGUUGGUAGAACCACUUUGGAAAUGAAUUGCAGUGAUGAAGGCAUUGCGAAAACUGGUAUUGGGGGUUUCAAAAGUGUCUCUCACUCUGGUGGCAAUCAUGAGUCGGAUUCAGAUUCAUAUUCGACGUCUGACUCAGGGGCUGAACAAGAGCGGGAGAAAAGGAUGCAGAGACGAAGACAAAUUUUGGCUGCAAAAGCUGCUGCAAAAGCUUUGGAGGCCAUUAAGGAACAGGAAAAUAUAGUGGCUCGAUUGGAGGGAGAGAAGCAAAGCCUCAAGAAGAUACUCAAGGAGCAAGCAAAUCAAGCAGCACAAGAGGCCUCAGAACUUCAGGCAAUGACGAUGGAAAUGAUGGAAGCUACUGAAGUGGAGAAGCAGAAGCACAGUCAUACAAGGAUGGAGGUCCUAGCACAACUGGCCAAAUUGGAGACUGAAAAUGCCAAUCUUGCUAAAUCGCUGGGUUCCACACAAUGGAAUCUUGAAAUAGAGGUAAAUCGCUUAGGAGGAUUACGGCACCAAAUUGAGGUAAAGGAAGUUGCCCUUGAAGAGUUGAAGAGAGAGAUUUGUAGUGUUCAUCAAACUAGGGCCACUUUGACAAGUUUGGCGGCUUCAAAAGGCUUUGAGUUGCAGAAAGAGAUGCUGGAAGCUGAAUGUGCUUUUGCAACUGACAAGAAUGCAAGACUGCAAGAGAAGGUGAUGAAGCUGGAAGCAAACGUUGACAUGACAUUGAAGGAAAUGGAAAAUUCAACUGAAGUAGAAGUUGAGCUUAGGCGAAGGCUUCGGCAGAUGACAGAUCAUUUGAUUCAGAAACAAGCCCAGGUUGAAUCACUUUCUUCAAACAAGGCAACUCUUCUUUUCAGAACUGAGGCUGUUUCAAGGUUACUCGAUGAAAAUAAAUCUCUAAUCAGCGGGAGUGAUAUUUCGGGCAAUUUAAGAGAAGACUUAGAAGCAGGAACAUGGGAUUCAACUGGUUCUAAGCUGCGGCCAAUGUUAGAAAAUAAAAUUCAGUCAGGGAGGCAGCACCUAGGUUCACUGCUUAGGCAGUUGGAUGCAAUAUUUUCAGCUGGUGCAGUAUUUUUAGCAAGGAAUCCGGCGGCAAAGCUCUGGUCCUUGGUGUAUCUUAUAUCCCUACAUUUAUGGGUUUUGUAUAUUUUUUUCUCUCAUUCUCAGUCAACUGAAGAUUCCACAUCCAGUUCUGUAGUAUCCUUGGAGAAUAUCAACGGUAGUAUUGGUGUCUAAAACAUCCAUAUUGUUAUGGGCAUUAUUUUGUUGAUUGUUCAAUGAGCUCGUGUAUAUUAUUCACGGUAACAUGAUCUCAACCAAUAUUAUUCACGGCUGCUGAUAACCUAUAUUUUUUUUCUUUUUUAAUGUGAUUAUGUUUAGGCAAAGUAGAUUGUGAGAAGAAAACAUUUGAUUGUAUGUGAUCUAGCUAGCUUAGUGUUUGGCAUUUGACGAUGAGGAGGAACCUCGUCUUGGGUUGUUCAUAAAUGUGUUACGCUGUAUUCUGUA